UCGAUUGUCGCCAUUGUGGCUCGUAAGCAGCGGCAGAGCUCGCGUUCGUGUUACAUCGUAUUGCUAAUCGAUUGUCGAUCAAUGAUAUUGUGUUGUGUGUAACUGCAAACGGAGUGCGAAGCCAGCAACGUGGAUAUUGACUACCACCGUGCCAGCGGUCACUUGAUGAGUGCCGCUGGUACCAUGUGCGAUCGCACGUACGGGUCCAUGGGCCACUUCCCCAUGACCCCGAUCUCCAUGAGCAUCGGCAUGGAGGCCGUGAUGAGCAAGAAGUCGCAGGAGGAACACAUCAAGCGGCCGAUGAACGCGUUCAUGGUCUGGUCGAGGCUGCAGAGGAGAAAGAUUGCCCAGGACAACCCUAAGAUGCACAAUUCGGAGAUCUCCAAGCGAUUAGGUGCAGAAUGGAAGCUCCUGACGGAAGACGAGAAAAGGCCCUUCAUUGAUGAAGCCAAGCGUCUGCGAGCGAUCCACAUGAAGGAGCACCCCGACUACAAGUAUCGACCAAGGAGGAAACCCAAGACCCUGAGGAAGGAGGGCUAUCCAUACUCCAUACCGUAUCCCAGCGUACCCAUGGACGCGUUGAGAGCUGGCAUGGCUGGCGGGGGCAUGGGGCAGGCGAUGUCGGGCUACUACGGGGCAGCUUACGGCCCGCUGGGGGCCAGCAUGGCAGCCGCGGCCGCUGCUGCAGCUCAGCAAACGGCCAUAUCCGCUGCUCUUACGCCUAAUGCGCAGGUCGGUUCGUCGAUGGACAUGUCGAAAUACUCGAUCGAGGACAAGUACAGGAGCUACGGUAUGUAUCCCGACCCCGCUCGGGGCUACCUCGACUCCGCGGCUCUCUCCAAAGCCUACAUGUACAUGGACCAGCAGCAACAGCGAUCCUACCCGAUGGACAUCAGCAAGAUGUACUCAGAGGCGUCCGCGGCCGCUAUGGCCGGGUUGAGUUCCGUCAACCCCUCAAAUAUCUCCCCGCGAUCGUCGGAAUCACCCGACGUGACCCCUAAAAAUGAUCGCACCGAAGGAUCGUCCACCGGGUCCAACCCCUCUCCCUCUUUACCAUACUACCAGUCGCCUGGCCUUCUGAUGCCGCAAUAUCCUGGACAGUACGCGCAGAGCACGCAAAACGGUGAAUUUCGGCGACCAUUGACUGUUAUUUUCUGACCAGAUGGUUAGACUACGAAUCCACUGAUCUGUAAAUAUUUUUAACCGUUUAGUUCGUUUUAUUGCUGUUAUCCUUGUUUUUGUGCAUUUCACAUUUUGUGGCCAAUUUUUGAUGAUUUAAUGAUCACGAAAGAUACGUCUUUCUUAAUAUCAGCCUUUUUCUUUGUAAGUUCGUUAUAAUUCAUGUUUAACGAAAUUUAAAGUUCCUCUUAUUUUGUCUAGUUACAUAACUGAUUGACUGUAAAUAUUUAUUAUAAAUAAAUUAUAGAUUUUACCCAUAUUUUUUAAGAUUUGUUGUGAUAUGGUAAAGACAAGAUUGCUCCUAAGAGUGUUUGCGGACUUAUAAAUUUGUGUUCACAGUUGCUUUGGAAAACUACCAAAUCGGAUGGAAGUGAAACUUGAAUGAAGAAUGUGCAGUAAAAUAUUAAUAAAUAGGUAUUCAAUCUGAAGUGGUGGUUUUCCAUCACAUUGGUAAUUCCAUAUUAAAACCCUCGAAACAUUUUUAUAACUGUAUUAUUAUAGCAAAUCUUAAAAAGUUCUUCAACAACGAAUAAAUAAUAAUAUAUUGUAAAUAAUAGAAUA